GCUGAUUGAGUCAACAUGGCUUCCAUCCUAGCAGGUACAGCACGGGUCAGUCGUCUCCCUGUUGUCGUGGUUUUAGGCGCUACAGGCACGGGAAAAUCUAAGCUAGCGUUGGAGAUAGCUAGCACAUUUAAAGGAGAGAUCAUCAGCGCGGAUUCCAUGCAGGUUUACCAUGGGCUUGACAUUAUCACAAAUAAGGUGACACCAGAGGAGCAGGCACAGGUGCCUCACCACAUCUUGGAUUUUUUGGAUCCUCUGUCUCGCUUCAGUGUUACCGAUUUCCGCAAUGUUGCCCUUCCUCUGGUGGAAAAGUUGCUAAGCAACAAUAAAAUACCUGUUAUUGUUGGUGGCACCAAUUAUUACAUCGAGAGUCUACUGUGGAAUGUCCUGAUAGAUUCUGUGCCGAGUGGAAAGGAAGGUAAUUCUAAGCUUGUUUACGAAAGAGAUAAAGAAAUUUAUGGAAAUAUCAAGAGAAAUUCGAAAAGUGAUGAUCAGUGCACAUUAAAAAAGAGCAAGUUAAGUGGUGCUACAAGUGAUAGUGCAAGGGAAGGUGGUAAGGAUGGUAAAGAUGUGAAAGAAAAGGAGUGUGUUAAGUGUAUCAAGGAGGGAGGUGAUAAAGUUGAGAAUGGGGAAAGUAAAGUUGAAAUGGUGGAAAAAGUGGUAGAGGGAGAAAGUGAAAGUAAUAGUGAUGAAGUACCAGUUAAGUGUGCUGCUGCAUGGCAAGACACGGAUAUUACUACCGAGGAGUUGUAUCGCCGAUUACAGGAAGUUGACCCGGAUAUUGCUUCACAGUACCAUCCAAAUGAACGCAGGAAAAUAAUCAGGUCACUGCAGGUGUGGGAGCAGACAGGGCAGCGCCACAGUCAAUUACUUGAACUGCAGCAGCAGCAACAUGGAGGCUCCAGACUCGGGGGUGGUCUCAGGUACCCCAACACUGCCAUCGUCUGGGUUACAUGCCAGCAGGAGGUCCUUAAUAAACGUUUGGAUGAUCGAGUGGAUGAAAUGAUAGAGCGGGGGCUCCUCAAGGAAUUAAAGGACUUCCAUGCUUCAUACAAUGCCAAGCGCCUGAAGGAUGGAGAAGCCCCAGACUACACCAAGGGGAUUUUUCAAAGUAUAGGCUUUAAAGAAUUUCAUAAUUUUUUGAUUUUGCCCGAGGAGGAACAAGAAACUGACAAAGGAAAGAUGAUGUAUGAAGCAGGAGUUGAGGCCAUGAAAUUAGCAACUCGACAAUACACCAAGAAACAAUUAAGAUGGAUCAGAAACCGGUUUCUUCUUCCAUCAGGACGACAAGUUCCUCCGGUAUAUGCUCUGGAUGGAUCGGAUCCCAGCAAGUGGAAUGAAAAAGUACGUGACCCAGCCCAAGCAGUAGUGCAAGCAUUGGUUGAUGGGACCCAGCCAGCUCUUGAGGUGGCAAAUGUAUCAAAAGUUUCUGAAGCACAAGUUGUAAACAAAAGUGAUAAGACAAGACAUGAAUGCACAGUUUGUAAUCGUGUGGUGAUUGGAGAACAUGCUUGGAAAGCACACAUGCAAGGAGCAAAACAUAGAAAAAUGUUGAAUAGGAAGAAUGUUGCUAAUGAAGCGGCAGAAAUAUCUCUGUCUUCCUCUUCAGUAAAGAGUAAGACUUAACUAUAUAUUAGAGAUUAAGAGGUAAUUUUUUUUUUUUUUUAGUUCUCUAUAUAAAUUAAUGAAUUUCUUAACUAGCUGAUGUUCUUAAUAUAUUUUAUCUUGCAGCUAGUUUUUUUUUUUAAAUUAUUGUAUCAAAUAGAAAUAAUGGCUUUGUCCGAAAGCUAGCUGGAAUAAAAGUACAUACAAUGUACUUUUAUUCUCCAGUUUAAUUUUAGAUGCAUAAUUUUACCUAUGUAAAAUAAACACUUACCAUUCAAAAAAAAAAAAAACUUAUCUGUUUUCA